UGAUCUUUUAACUAGUUUUAACCUUGAUCCAUCUGGAUAUCAGCAACUGAUUGACAACCUUGAUCGUGAUCUGCAAUAUGCUAUAAGAGUUGAGGGUAAGAUGGACUUGGAUUCCGUAUCUAAUUAUGAUGAAGUGAGGAGUUCUAUCUUUGAAAAGGCUGAGCUUUUCGACAAGUUUCUCAAUGGCUCAACCUUAGUGGAAUGCUAUUCAGCUGUUGCUUCUGUUGCCAACCGCUGGCUUGAUCUUCUUGAUAAUCAAGGAAAGGAUAUUGCGGACAGUGAGUUGCUCGAUUAUAUAUCUGAAUCAAGUACCAAGAGUAAGUCUCUAGCAGACUACCAAAGUCAUCAUCGACAUUCACAAUAAGUUCAGUCAGAGAAAAGGAGGCUCUCAUGCAAUGAU